UCUGAGAGAACUGAAGAAAAAGAAGAAGAAGCUGCGGGAGGGAAAUAAACAUGUCUGCUCCGAAAACCAUCCCCAAAGAUGCUCAGGUGAUGAUGCAGAUCCUGAAGGACAUGGGCAUCAGCGAGUACGAGCCGCGGGUCAUCAACCAGAUGCUGGAGUUCACCUACAGGUACGUGACAACCAUCAUCGAAGAUGCAAAAAUCUACGCCACACAUGCAAAGAAGUCCAACGUGGACGCAGACGACAUCAAACUAGCCAUCCAGUGCCGCAUGGACCAGUCGUUCACCUCGCCACCACCACGUGACUUCCUGUUGGAGGUUGCGAGGCAGAAGAACCAGACCCCGCUCCCGCUCAUCAAACCCUACACGGGUCCUCGGCUUCCCCCGGACCGCUACUGUCUCACUGCCCCCAACUACCGGCUCAAGUCCACCCAGAAAAAGGUGACCUCGUCUGCCGGGAGGAUAACCGUGCCUCGCCUCAGCGUCGGCGCCGUCUCCAGCAGACCGUCCACGCCCACCCUCGGAACGUCGUCUGUUCAGUCAGUCACCACCAAAGUCGGGACUCCGGUGUCUUUGACGGGUCAGCGGUUCACCGUUCAGAUCCCACCAGCUUCACAGACGGCCACCACCAAAAUCACGACGCCGUCCACACCCGCCGUGUCCAACGUCCUCAUCAACCCGUCUCUGAUCGGCUCCAAGAACAUCCUCAUCACCACCAACCUCGGGUCUCAAAACGCCGGCGGAGAGUCGCUGAAGAGGAAGCACGAAGACGACGACGACUACGACGCUUUAUGACGACGAUGCUGGAGUUUAUUUUUAUUUUUUAAUCAUCUUUCUUACAUCGCUUCAAAAUGACAGGAAAAAAAAAACGGACUAAAGCCCGUCUCGGGCUGGUUAAGAACUCCUCGUGUUAGUUAGUGUUUGGUAGAACGCUUGUCGACCCAGAGAAGAAGACUCGUCCCGCGAGUCGACCCGUGAAACCUGCUGACAUCCUUCACAAUAAAUGGUGUUAAAAUAAAAAUUGGGCUGCUUGUA